AUGGAGAACCUCUUCAUGCAGGUCUUCGAGAGCCGGGACGGCGUCGCCGCGCAGAUCCGCCACCAGGGCGAAUCCUACGCCCACUCCCUCGCCCGCGCCUUCCACCUCCACGGCCACCGCCCCCCGCCAUGGCUCAUCCCCUCCUGCGCCGCCGGUCCGCAAGAGCUAAAUGGCAAACCAAUUAUUCCGGAGUUUCUUUUCGCUGGAAGCCAGAUUACAACACCAGCAACCAGCAGAACCGUCUUCCUGCCAAGAGCUGUUCCUACAACUUCCUUCACAAGUGUCGGGGUUCCAAACGAAUACGUCGGCCUGGAGACUAUCUGCGACACUCUGGAUGCUAACCAGCACGAAGCGCCGCAGCAGAACCAGGUUUCAGCUGAUGACCAGGAACUUGCCGAGGCUACUUCGGAAGUCAACAUAUUUUCCGUGGUGAAGCGCUCCAGGUCAAGGCAGCGGCGUAUUGAAGACCGCUCACGGGAGAAGGAUCAAGGGGCGAAGAGUGGAAGCAGUGAUGUUAUGCAGGGCGGGAUGCAGAGGUCUGAACGUGCGACUGCAGGCUCGAAAAGAACAGCUGCGUCGUUAUCCUCCAAACCAUCUGGUGACAGUGCAAACAAUGCUGGAACAAGGACCUCUUUGCUUGGUCUGGAGAAUGGUUUUCGUGCCAAUGAGGGUAUAUCAACUGAAUCCUUCAAGCGCAGCAAACAUGGUGAUCCUGGAAAUCAAGGAGUUCAGUUAGAUUUUUCUCAAAACCGGAUUGCCAGUUCUGGCAAUAAUGUCAAGGUCCCUGAAAAUUGUCCUGUUAGAAAUUUGCUUGAGGUGCAAGUUACAGGAGGCAGCGUGUGCCAGGCACUCCCUGCAACUCAUUUGUCGGUUGAGCCGAAAAAACUUCAGUUUGAUGGUGUUGAAUCAGUCUGCGUGAAUCCUGCAAGUGAACAAACCAUGCAGCAACCUGAUGAUUGUGCUCCAGAAAGUGCCAGUAUUGAUCUUGAUGAGGCACACUCUUUAAAUGAAGUGCCAGUUACAUGCAGUGCUGGCCAUGCACUCCCUGAAACUUAUUUGUCGGCUGGGCAGAAAAAGCCGCAAUUCGAUGUUGUUGAAUCAGUCUGCAUUAAUCCUGCAAGUGAGCAAACGAUGCAGCAACCAAAAUGUGCUCUGGAAAGUGCCAGUUUUGAUCUUGCUGAGGCACAUUCGGUAAGUGAAGUGCAAGUUGCAGGCAGUGUUUGCCACACACUCCCGGAAACUUAUUUGUCGGUUGAGCCGAAAAAACUUCAGUUCGAUGGUUUUGAAUCAGUCUGCAUGAAUCCUGCAAGUGAACAAACGAUGCAGCAACCAGAAUGUGCUCUCGGAAGUGCCAACUCUGAUCGUGCUAAGGCACAUUCUUUAAAUGAAGACCCUUCUACCAGCUGUUCGCAAGUUUCUCGUUUCAUGGGCAGAUUAUUGCUUGAUGGUGUGGAAUCAGGAUAUUUGAACUCUGGCAGUGCACCAGUGAAGCAGCUGCAGGAACGUGUUUUGGAACGUUCCAGCCUUGGCACACAUCCGGUAAAGGAGGACGAAUCUCCGUCCAGUUCCUCUAAAGUACCUAAUCCUAAAGGCGUAUUAUUGGUUGAAAGGGAUACACUGCAUACUGUAGAAGAUACUGGAAGAACAAUAGAACUGGAUGAUUUUUCAGAUCGGAUCACCACUCAGAGUCCCGAGUCUUCUGAACAACACUGCGCUGAUCUUCCAUCCAGUGAAUCUUUGGAGCCACCUACCCAACUAGCUGAUACUAGUUCUGAGACUCCUUCACCGUCACGAAUAUCACUGGACGACUUGUUAGAGGAGGAUGGCUGUGAGGAUCUCUCGCAUUCACCUAUAAAUGAUGAUGAUAGACAAUGCUCCCAAUUCAGGUCCGCUGCAUGUCCAGAGAAGCUUCAACCUCAGACUGUUACUUUGAUUGAUGUUUAUAACACAAGCCUCUCUCCUUAUAAAACACAAAGCAAUGGCACACAUUCCAAUCGUAGUCCUGUUGUGAAUGCUUCUGUAUCUGAAGAAAAUGAGGUAUCUCAGGAGCAACAUUUCUUGGCUAGAACAUCUUCAGAAUUAAAUGAAGCAGAAGUGGGUACUCCCUUGGGCCAUGCAUCUCCGGCCUCACAAAAUGAAAUACUCGAGUUAAAGCCAGCACAUUAUGCAGUUAACUGCAAUUCUGGAAAGUUGGGCGCCGAUCAGGAAAAAUUCUCAGCUUUGACCAAAGCAUGUGACAUUUCCGUCAGCAACACGAAGGAUGAAUCUGCAGUGCCAGAAGUUAUGAGCUGUAUUUCAGUUAGAAGAACCAGCGAAAUGCAUACGACUGAACGGAACAGUAUGACUUCGGCUGAAAAUCUGCGUCAAGAUGAUGACACCUCUCUUCUUGAGAAUGCUGUUAAAGAAAAUACAUUUUCUUGUACAGCAGACAGCGAUAAAAGGAAAUCUUCACAACCCUCUAUUCAAUACUUCUCACAUACUGUAGCAUCACAUGAGAAAAUUAAUCUGGCCAAGUCAGACAAAAGCAGUGCUUCUUAUGACCAGAAGAGGUCAGUUCAUGAUGGAGUUCAAGUAAAUGGCGGUUUGUCAUCUAAAAGGAGAAGAAUGAGAUCCCGAUCAGACUUUGAGCUUUCCAGGACUCCUUGCGCAAAUUCAUUGGCUCUAGACCACCAAGUUGGCAUUUCUGGUGAUAUGUUAACCACGAGAAAUUUCUCAGAGAAAUCCCAACUGUCAGGUCGUUACUUCUUAAGGAGUUCAGGAUCCUGCAAGAGCAUGUCUCUGGAUUCAGAGGUGGAGAAUGCUGCAAGCAACUGCAAGAAUUCAGUUACGAGUGAUGUUUAUGGAAAUUGCAAUUCUUCCCGUGGAAGAUGCAAUACGACAAGCCUACUGAAUGCUGUCCUUGAUAACUCACCUAGUGCAAGCACUAGCAGGAGUACAAUGGAGGGAAUGCUCUUCGACAAUUCUCGAGAGCAGAUACAAGAUAAUUCAGAAGUUGAAUUUCUGACCAGAACUGCUUCUUUGCCUUGCUCCGCUGGCAUCCUAUCUCACAAUGAGGAAAACUACACAGGACAGGAAGAUACUUGCUUACAAGGUCAAGACCUGAAUGUCACCAAUGAAAGUGUGGCAGACCAGGAAAUGGUUCUUCAGGUGGAUAACCUGUCAUCUCCAAUUGCAAUAUCAAAUCCAGAAAAUUGUUCUGGAGCGGAAUUGUUUCCUGUACUUUCAAGUUAUACUUUAGAUCAACAUGGUGAACAAGCAUCUGCUCCGAAUGCAUUGUUUCAUGAGAAAUUAUGUUAUGGCUCCAACGUUAAACUUGGUAGGAAAUAUAAAAGUUAUGAUCCAAAAGGACAUUUGUUGUCUGGUACUGCUAUUUCAAGGCAAUUGGAUGAUGAAUCGUUCCAAUGUGAUGGUUCAAUGCCAGAAUUUGAGAGGUUUGACGUUCCUGUUGAAUUUGACAGCCCACCUACCGGAAAAAGGCCAUUUGAGGAUCUUUACGAUUCUAAUGCAGCAAGUGGUGUCUGGGAAACUUUGUCUGGGAAACCUAGAAACUAUUCCUUCUCUGAUGAACUGCAACAAUACAGUGGUAGUGACAGUCGCAGCAUCAUGGACUCUUUCGGAUGUGGAUUAGAACUUGAUACCUUUUUUAUUUCCGAUGCUGUAGCCUCAUGUUCCUCAGAUGCUAACAGCAGACAAGAGAUCAAUGAAACUCCGUUGACUCCAUCAGUUGAAAAAUAUAGCCUCCGGAAAUUUCCAUCAAGAUCUGGAUCUGGUUCAGAACAUAUGGGUUCUAUUCCUGAACUUGAAUGCUUCCGAAUUGAUGAAGACAACAUCAUCACGGAAGAGGAUGAGCACCAAGAUAUGUUACCUGGAUCUGUAGAUGUGAAUUGCUCAUUCCAGCAGCAAUCUGGCAGAAAAGCACUUCAGGAUAUCACUGGAUUAUGUCAAAACAAUGGAAAUUCUCCGUCUCUUUCAGCAAGAUGCAUGGAUACAGGUAACAUAGACUUGAGUGGAGAAUCUUUCAGCAGUGAGCUCAAGAAUCAUUCCAACAUGAGAAAGGAUCAUGGCAACAUGAAGCCAAAAGACAGUCAUCCUACUUCAGUUAAGAGAGAAGGGAAAGUAACCCGAUCUCUUCAUGGCAGAUUAGGCACGGCAGAAAAACGCAAUAGCAGAAAUCUGAGACACAGGAGUGAAGCAAAUGUUGACAGACAACUUAAGCCUAGCAAUAUUGUUGCCAAUAUGACAUCUUUUAUACCUCUUGUAAAACAGAAGUCGCAACCUACAACAGCGUGCGUUAAAAAAGACGUUAAGGUGAAGGCCCUUAAGGCAGCUGAAGCUGCAAAACGUCUUGAAGAGAAGAAACAAAAGGAGCAAGAAAUUCGCAAAGCGGCUGCAAAAGUAGAGCGGGAAAGACUGAAGCGUGAGAAGGAACAAAAACAAAAACUUGAAGAGGAAAAGAAGAAACGAGAUGAAGAGGAACAAAAGAAGAAGCGAGAAGUUGAUGCGGCCACUAAGAAGAGGCAGAGGGAAGAAGGGGAAAAGAGGGAAACAAUGAAAAAAAGAAAAUGCAUUGACGAAGCUCGAAAGCAACAGAAGCAGCCUAUGGAUAGACGGCGAGGCACAAAGGAUGAGAAGGAUGCUCGUCAAAAAGCUUCUGAUGCUAUGGAGACGAAAAAGAAUUUGGUUGAUGUAGGCAAAAACCAAACUAAACUUGAAGAGACUACGGAACCUGCCCUUCCAUACAAGGACAAUAAAAGUAAGGACGAGAAAGGUGUUGCAGUAGAUGAGAGACCUGCAAGUUUUGGAUCUGAUGCUAAGGAAACUAUGCCGAACAGUUUUGAGGAGUCGUAUGAUAUGUCACCGUUCAAAGAUUCUGACGAUGAGGAAGAUGAUGACUUUGAAGAUGAACAAGAAUCAAGGCGCAGAAUGAAAUUUGUUCCUACUUGGGCUCGAAAAGAAAACCUGGAUAAGAUCUUAUUAUCCAACAUAACAUUAGACCCUAGAGAAAUAUUUGCACGGAAGUCAUCCUUCAACAUAUCUGAUGUUUUCUCGGCCUACAUUCCCCAACGUGGCUUAAGAUAAGCUUCCAUUUGACGAAGUAUUUGGUAAUAUGCCAUUGCUGUUCACCUGGCGUCUCCUCCGUUCUGCGUUGUCAGCCGUGAUGUGCAUAAGCUGACCAGCACUCUCUCUUGUAACUUGUAAUCUAGAAAUAAUCUAUGUAGGAGAACAUUCUUGUACCACUCCACCAGCCUUUGCAUCGAUUAUUGCUUGGCAAAGUUAUAUAGCAGUUUGUUUAUAA